AUGGGACUCAGCUGCUUCAAGUCCUGGAAACAUGACAGUACAGGCCACAAAGGUAACAGAGACGUGCUGGCCAGCCCAGGCUCGUACUUCUUCCUGUCUAACAGCGCCGGUCAGGGUGACGAGUGGCUGAAGAGCCUCAACAAGGGAGUCUGGAUCCCUUUCACAGGGGUCUUUGGUCAGCGUCUGGAGGAGACGGUGCUGUACGAGCGACGUUAUGGGGUGCGCUUGGUUCCUCUGGUGGUGGAGCAGUGUGUGACCUUCAUCCGGGAGCGUGGCCUGCAUGAGGUGGGCUUGUUUCGCCACUCGGGGCAGGCCAGUCUGGUCAAAGAGCUGCAGGAGGCUUUUGAUGCAGGGGAGAGACCGUCGUUUGACAGCAGCACUGACGUCCACACGGUGGCGUCCCUGCUGAAGCUUUACCUCAGACAGCUGCCGGAGCCUCUGGUUCCUUACAGACGCUACCAGGAGUUCCUGCUCUGUGGUCAGAAGCUGUCGACUGACCGCACGCUGGGUUUGGGGCGGUUGAGAAGUCUUCUUCACGAGUUGCCAGUUGCAAACUUCAACCUACUCAAUUUUAUCUGCCAGUUUCUAAACGAGGUCCAGAGUUACGCCAGCAUUAACAAGAUGAGCUGCCAGAACUUGGCCACUGUGUUCGGGCCAAACAUCCUCCGAGCCAAAGCUGAAGACCCACAAAGCAUCAUGGGAGGUGCAGCACUGGUCCAGGUGUUGAUGUUGGAGCUGAUCAGAGAACAUGAGACUUUAUUCGCUAAAAUCCCUCCGUCCAUCGCCGCCCGUCCACCAGGAGGUGCACGUGCAUCACCGAGUGCUCUGAGGCAGCCUCACCUCCACCCGUCACCCUGCCUCCGCCAGCUGUCUCUGCCUCUCAUCGCAGAGCGCUGCAGAGAGCCAGGACAGUCCACCUCAGACCCACAGAACCCCAGCUGCAUCUACGCUGCUGCUGCCAAAUCCGACCUGUCCUCUGACCAGAAGAGACGUCUCGGCCAUCGCUACACCUCCUCCCACCCAGAGAACUGCUUCUACCCCUCCUCUAGUCAGCCUGCUCAGCACCAACAUAACUCACAUCAUCAAGGACCUUCCACUGCAAGUAUCCAAGCCUCUACAACCAGCCUCCAGCUACAAGACCCCCGAACAGACAUAUCCAAGCCCAGACCGAUGCUCACAGGCUGGGCAAAGGCCUGGCCAGGCCCAGGAGAGACAAGCGCUGGUUUCUGGAUCUCUGGUGCUGCAGAGAAAGAUGGUGCAGUGCCAGAAACAGCCAGUGGGGGCAGCACCUUCUCUACUUAUGACAACCUGGACAAAGUAUCUGAACAUCAGAGAAUGGAUGAUGAUGUCACUGGUGGUCAUCUUGAAACAAACGAUCCAGGGAGACAUAUCGGAGCAUGUGAAGAGGAGGCGGAGUUAGAGGAGGCGGGUCAGAGAAAGGACUCCUCCUCUUCAUGGUCCUCCUGCGAUGUUUUACCAUUGGAUAAGAGCGAUGAUGCUGUGGGUGCAGUUGGUCCUCCAGACGUGUCACCAAAGAAACCGGAUAGGUUGCCUUCAAGUCAAGUAGCAGAAGAAGAAAAAGUUGAUAAUGACGAACACGAAGGCAACAACAAUGGCAAUGAAGAUGAUGAUGAAGAAGAUGAUGAUGAUGAUGAUGAGGACAUCCAAUCCCCAAACUCCCCAACCUCUGGUUCUGUCCGCAGUGACAGCCCUCUGAGUACAGGCAGCUCAGAGGUCUUCCUCCCCUCUGGACCUUCAGACCUCCAGGGGCCUGAGCCUCAGUCACAGCCCAGGGACGCUCACUCUGUCCUGGCUGAGCUUCGGCAGCAGAUGGCCCAGCAGAGGUCCGAGUACCAGACCAGGAUCCAGAGGUUGGAGCGAUGUAACGACGUCCUGAAGCGUCAGGUGGCCGUGCUGCGGGUCAGUCUGGAGCAGCAGAAGCGAAGCCAGAGCGUCGCCGAGAUCAAGAUCCGCAACAUGGAGCGAGCGAAAGCUGACGCCGACCUCCGGAACACCACCCUGCAGAGAGAGAUGGAGCUGUUCUUCCAGAUGUACGGAGAAUACAGAAGAAGAGGAGACGACGGAGGAAGAGGAGGAGCGAGUCUAUGA